AUGAUACGCUGGUCGCCUCGAUCAUAUGUGGCCGGAUUUCGGAUUUCCGUUGUUGCAGUGCUGAUUGUUCUGGGAUAUUUCCUCUUCUCUCCACGGCACGAUAUCAAGCUACCUACUAGCAUCCCCUCACCCAUUUUCGUCACGCCAGAGUCUUGCCCGGUCGCGACUUCAGCCGAGAAUGUCGUGGUGUCGGUCAAGACCGGAGCAUCAGAAGCAGCGCAGAAAGUACCUGCACUGAUGCAAUCCUCGCUUCGUUGCGCCAAGAAUACGUUCAUUUUCUCGGAUCUCGAGCAAGACAUUGGGGACUACCACUUGUACGACGCCUUGGAUACAGUUCCCGCUUCUAUGGUCAACACCAAUACCGAUUUCGAAUUUUACAAAAAGCAGCGUGAGCUCUGGCAAACCAAGCAGAAUAUCGAUACCCUCAAGGAUGCUAAAAACCCCAAAGAUCCUGAGGGGAAGUCCGCGGCAUGGACUUUAGAUAAAUACAAAUUUAUACAUGUCUUGGAGAAGACCUGGGCCUUGAAGCCGGACAUGGAUUGGUAUAUUUUGAUCGAUGCAGAUACUUACAUUGUUUGGCCAACUAUGCUUCUCUGGUUGAAUGGUUUGGACCCGAAGAAGAAGUCUUAUUUUGGUUCCGAGGUGAAUAUAGGCGGUGUUCGAUUUGCACACGGCGGGUCCGGCAUCGUUCUAUCAAAAGGUCUCAUGCAAGAGCUCUUCGUUAGCCAUAAUGACACGGCCACGCGCUGGGACGCUCAAACGAGUGAGAAAUGUUGCGGCGAUCUCGUACUCAGUAUGGCUCUGGGAGAGUACGGGAUUGAGCUACAAGAUGUUUGGCCGCUAAUGAGUGGGGAGAGACCAUCGACAAUGCCGUUCGGCCCAGGGACUCCAGAGUAUUGGUGCCGCCCUGCAUUAUCGUUUCACCAUCUUACUCCUGUGGAUAUGAAAGAAUUUGCCCAGUUCGAAAAAAUCCGGCUAGACAACUUGGGACCUUGGACCCACAUGGAGUUAUUCAAUGACUUUGUGACCGGAUCGUUGCUAGACUCCCGCGAAAACUGGGACAAUGUAGCUUCUGAUCCAGGAGAGUUUGGGAAGACAGGUGGCGUAGAAUCGAAUGCUGUAUCGUUUGAGGACUGUGCCCAGGCUUGCGAGGCUAACAAAGAAUGCUUUCAAUAUUCGCACCAUGGUGAUAUCUGUUAUAUCGGGAUGAGUGUGCGACUUGGGUAUGAGAAAGAGGCGGACCAAGAAGGAAUAUGGCGGAGUGGUUGGAACAAGACCAGGCUUGCCGAUUGGGCUUCGAAACAACCCAUCUGCAAAACGAUAACCUUCCCAAAACAAAACAAUUAG